AUGGGCAGCGUCAUCCUCGGCGUCGACGGCGGCGCCAGCAACACCGUCUGCGUCUGCAUCCCCGCCGCCAUGCCCUUCAACGACCCGCUCCCGGUCCUCUCCCGCACCGUCGCCGGCUGCUCCAACCACAACCCGUUGGAGGUAACACCACCUGGACUCGCUCAACGAUCGCAGCGCCAUGCUCUGCACAAGUUUCCUGCAGUGACGAAGGACAGGGCAAGGGAGACACUGGAGAGAGUGAUGUCACAGGCGCUGCUCAAGGCGCGCCGGCGACGAUCAAAUGUCUGCGCCGUCUGCUUGGCCGUAGCAGGCGUCAACCAUCCGAUCGAUCAGCAGAGAAUGCUGGAUUGGCUCAGGGACAUAUUUCCAAGCCAUGUCAAGCUGUUCGUGGAGAACGAUGCGGUGGCGGCGUUGGCCAGUGGAACCAUGGGCAAGCUGCACGGAUGCGUGCUGAUCGCAGGGACAGGGACCAUAGCUUAUGGGUUCACCAGUGAUGGCAGGGAAGCCCGAGCAGCAGGUGCAGGGCCGGUUCUAGGUGAUUGGGGCAGUGGAUAUGGGAUUUCUGCCCAGGCAUUGACAGCAGUGGUGAGAGCUUAUGAUGGCCGGGGCCCUGAAACGGUGCUUACAAACAACAUGCUUGACUUCCUUGGACUGGCAUCGCCAGACGAAUUGAUAGGAUGGACAUAUGAAGACCAAUCAUGGGCUCGUAUCGCUGACCUUCUUCCAGUUGUGGUAGAAUCAGCUGAAAGUGGUGAUGAGGUGGCAAACAAGAUCCUACACAAUUCAGUUGGGGAACUAGCUUCCAGUGUCAAGGCUGUAGUGCAAAGGCUUGACCUUGGCGGUGAAGAUGGCAAGCAUCCAUUUCCACUUGUUAUGGUUGGUAAAGUUCUUGAGGCAAACAAAAGGUGGGACAUUGGGAAAGAAGUGAUCGAUUGUGUUACCAAGAAUUACCCAGGUGCCUAUCCAAUACAUCCCAAGGUGGAGCCAGCUGUUGGUGCAGCUUUAUUAGCCUGGAAUGCUAUAGCAAGCGAAUUAGAUGGUGAUAUUAGAACUGUUCAAUAA